AUGCGGUUGCUUGCAGUCACAGGAGUGGUCGAAGAGAGCCUUCGGCGUUUUCGCUUGCCGCUCAUGCCUCCCAUCCCGUCGGCAGAACUGGCAUCGCUAGCUGCUGCCGAGAGCAGCCUGUCACCGAAGAAAGCCUGCAUCUGGUGGUCUGGGAAUAUUUCCUCCAAAUUUAACUUCUUCGUGUUUGCACAUUGCUCCUUACCGAAGGUGGGGACUACGGCGUCGAGUGGCAUUCUGGAGCCAGCGGUAACUGUUACUGCCGCUGAUGCAGCCGGCAAUUGUGAGUUCUUUGUCUGGGAAUUGACUAUGGAAUGA